CAAUGAAACCCCUAUGUCACACCCUUGUCCCCUUACCCUCCACCUCUUUUUUCUAUCAUUUAGUUAUUUAAUAGUAUCUUUUGGUCCACUCUCACUAUAAGCCAUGUUCCACCCUCCUUUUUUGACCAUUAUUAUUAACCCUUUUCUCAAUUGCUUUAUGAGUUUGAUUGUAGAAUCAACCUUCUUUGAUAAUUAUUAUUACUUAGUGGUGACAUAGGUGGUGCCAUGGAUAGACAGCAAUCAAUAGAAGUAUCAUCAGAUGCAGAAAAUGGAAGAGAAUCUGCAGAGGAAUACAUAGAAACAAAACAAAAGGGUACUCCUCAUCCCUUUACACAAGUUGGAACUAGUUCUUACCCUGGCUUCUAUGGGAAACAUAGGUUGCAAGCUUCCAUUUCUAACCUCAAUAACCAAAUCAAUAUUAUGCAGGAAGAGUUGGAAAAACUUGAAACAGUAGGCGAAUCUUCCACCAUCUGCAAAGAUGUAAUUUCAAGCGUUGAAUCCAAACCAGAUCCUAUGCUUCCAUGGAUUAAAGAUUCAGUUGACGCUGAUUGGGAUCGAUGGUUCGGUGGCGCUCACAACUCUCGAAAUCAUAAGCGCUGGAUUUAAAAAAAUUGUGUUUUAUAGUUAUAUUUUUUGGUUGAUCUAUGAAUUUAUAAUUUUAAUAUUUUUCCUGCAAGAAAUAAAACACAAGAGGGAAAUUUUAAUUUACUGCAUGAUACUAUAAUUAGUUCUAUGUGCAGUUGAUAUUUUACUCGCAAGUAGUGAUUUAAGUUUCUUA